AUGGUGAGCUCCGCCUCGUUCUGCCCCUACCACACGCCCGCGAGCCCGCUUCCCCUCCCCGAGACGAUCCACUGCGGCUUCCACCUCAUCCCUUACAUCGUCGAAACGGUCCUCACCACCCUCACCUCGUCGACCUACGUCCUCUUCACCGACACGCACCUCGCCCCGCUCUACCUCGACGAGUUCGCGUCCGCGUUCGAGGCCGCCAUCGCCGCCCUCCCCGACUCGGCCACGUCGACCCGUCCGCGAUGGAUCACGCACGUCGUCAAGCCGGGCGAGACGUCAAAGUCGCGCGAGACCAAGGCGGAGCUCGAGGACUUCCUCCUGUCGCACCGCUGCACCCGCGACACGGUCGUCCUCGCCCUCGGCGGCGGCGUCGUCGGUGACCUCGUCGGCUUUGUCGCCGCCACCUUCAUGCGCGGCAUCCGCUACUGCCAGAUCCCGACCACCCUCCUCGCCAUGGUCGACUCGGCCGUCGGCGGCAAGACCGCCAUCGACACGCCACUCGGCAAGAACCUGAUCGGCGCCUUCUACCAGCCGUCGUACGUCUUCAUCGACGCGUCGUUCCUCGAGUCGCUCCCGCGGCGCGAGUUUGUCAACGGCAUGGCCGAGUGCGUCAAGACGGCCGCCAUCUGGGACGAGCACGAGUUCGCCAAGCUCGAGUCGGGCGUCGCCGACAUCCACGCCGCCGUGUCGGGCACCACGACCCGCGAGUCGGCCGCCGGCCGCGUCCUCGCGACGCGCUCGCCCGCCCAGUCGCUCCUCCUGUCGGUCAUCCGCGCCUCGAUCGCGACCAAGGCCCACAUCGUCACCGUCGACGAGAAGGAGACGGGCCUGCGCAACCUCGUCAACUUUGGCCACACGAUCGGCCACGCCAUCGAGGCCGUCGUCACGCCCGACGUCCUGCACGGCGAGUGCGUCGCCGUCGGCAUGGUGCUCGAGGCCGAGGUCGCCCGCAGCAUGGGCGCGCUCGGCAACGCCGCCGUCGGCCGCCUCACGCGCUGCCUCAAGGCGCACGGCCUCCCCGUCAGCCUCGACGACCCGCUGUUCCGCAAGUCGGCCAAGUCGGCCCGGCUCAACGUCGAGACGCUCCUCGACAUCAUGCGCGUCGACAAGAAGAACUCGGGCAGCGUCAAGAAGGUCGUCAUCCUGUCGCGCAUCGGCAAGACGCUCGAGGAGCGCGCAACCGGCGUCGAGGACGAGGUCAUCGCGCGCGUGCUCGCCCCCGCCGUCCGCGUUCACCCGGGCCCGCCGAGCAACGCCAAGUUCGAGCUCGCGACGCCCGGCAGCAAGUCGAUCUCGAACCGCGCCCUCGUCCUCGCCGCGCUCGGCAACGGCACGUGCCGCCUCGGCAACCUGCUCCACUCGGACGACACGCAGGUCAUGAUGGCCGCCCUGCACGAGAUGAAGGGUGCCGAGUUCGCGUGGGAGGACAACGGCGAGCUCCUCGUCGUCAAGGGCAACGGCGGCAAGCUGUCGCCGCCCAAGGACAACAAGGAGCUGUACCUCGGCAACGCCGGCACGGCGGCCCGGUUCCUCACGACCGUGUGCGCCCUCGUCCAGCCCGAGGACGGCCUCGAGCACACGACCAUCACGGGCAACGCCCGCAUGAAGCAGCGCCCGAUCGGCCCGCUCGUCGACGCCCUCACGCAGAACGGCACGGCCGUCGAGUACGUCGAGGGCCCGGGCGCGCUCCCGCUCAAGAUCGCCGCGACGAGCGGCGGGUUCCGCGGCGGCCGCAUCCAGCUCGCGGCGAGCGUCUCGUCGCAGUACGUGUCGUCGAUCCUCCUGUGCGCUCCGUACGCCCAGGACGAGGUCGUCCUCGAGCUCACGGGCGGCGUCGUCAUCUCGCAACCGUACAUCGACAUGACGAUCGCCAUGAUGCGCUCGUUCGGCAUCACGGUCGAGCGCCUCGUCGGCGAGGACGGCAAGCUCCUCGACACGUACCGCAUCCCGCGCGGCACCUACUCGAACCCGGACACGUACAACAUCGAGUCGGACGCCUCGUCGGCGACGUACCCGCUCGCGCUCGCCGCCAUGACGGGCACGACGUGCACGAUCCACAACAUCGGCUCGGCGUCGCUCCAGGGCGACGCGCGCUUCGCCAAGGACGUCCUCGAGCCCAUGGGCUGCACCGUCGUCCAGACGGCGACCGAGACGACCGUCACGGGCCCGGCCGUCGGCGAGUUGCGCGCGCUCGGCUUCGUCGAGAUGGAGCCCAUGACGGACGCCUUCCUGACGGCGUCGGCGCUCGCGGCCGUCGCGUCGCUCCCGCCGCUCGAGGGCCGGCUCCAGGACGCGCAGCAGCCGCUCAACUCGACCCGGAUCGGCGGCAUCGCCAACCAGCGCGUCAAGGAGUGCAACCGCAUCGACGCGAUGCGCACCCAGCUCGCCAAGUUCGGCGUCGACACGAACGAGCUCGCCGACGGCAUCGAGGUGUUUGGCAUCAAGCCCGAGCAGCUGCGCGCCGGCGCGUCGGUCCACUGCUUCGACGACCACCGCGUCGCCAUGGCCUUCUCGGUCCUCGCGGCGUGCCCCGGCGCGCACGGCGCCGUCCUCGAGGAGAAGCGCUGCGUCGAGAAGACGUGGCCCUCGUGGUGGGACGACCUCGCGCGCAAGAUCGGCAUCAACGUCGUCGGCGUCGAGCUGAGCGACGCCCCGGUCGCGUCGACGUCGGCCCCGAUCCCGCGCCACUCAACCGACGCGAGCAUCCUCGUCCUCGGCAUGCGCGGCGCCGGCAAGACGCACAUCAGCCGCAUCGGCGCGAGCGCGCUCGGCUGGCCCGUCCUCGACGCCGACGAGAUGUUCAUCACCGAGUACGGCCAGAGCGCCAAGGACUUUGUCAACUCGCGCGGCGGCGACUGGAGCGAGUUCCGGCGCGCCGAGACCCACAUCCUCAAGAAGAUCAUCCGCGAGUACUCGAAGGGCCACGUCGUGAGCCUCGGCGGCGGCGUCGUCGAGACCGAGGAGAACCGCGACCUGUUGCGCGCCUACGGCCACGGCGGCGGGCCCAUCGUCCACAUCGUGCGCGACAUCGACGACAUUGUCGGGUACCUCAACUCGGAGCCGAGUCGGCCGUCGCUCGGCGAGGACCUGCACGUCAUCUACGCCCGCCGCCAACCCUGGUUCCACGAGUUGAGCAACUUCGAGUUCACCAACCUCAUCUCGGGCAAGCCCAAGGCGGUCAAGCCCAACGCCAAGCCGUCGGCCAACGGCUUCAUCGUGUCGCACACGUCGACCAAGGGCGCCGAGGACGAGGUCGCGCGCUUCUUCCGGUUCAUGACGGGCCAGAACACGAACCAGGUCGACCUCGCCGGCGUGCGCCCAACUUACUUCCUGUGCCUCACGCUCCCGUCGUACACGGCGCCGCACCCGGCGCUCGCCGCGUUCGACGAGCUCAUUGCCGGCGUCGACGCCCUCGAGCUGCGCGUCGACCUCCUGUCGGCCGACGGCAAGGCGCCGACCUCGCCCCAGGUGCCCGACUACGCCUACGUGGCGCACCAGCUCGCCGCGCUCCGCCAGCGGUCGACGCUCCCGAUCGUGUUCACGGUGCGCACCGUGUCGCAGGGCGGCAUGUGCCCCGACGAGGCGCAGGACGCCAUCUUCAACCUCAUGGAGCUCGGCGUCAAGGCCGGGUGUGAGUACGUCGACCUCGAGGUGCGGUGGCCCGUGCGCCGCAUGCGCGACUUUGUCAACGUCAAGCAGAGCACCAAGGUGAUCGCGUCGUGGCACGACCACUCGGGCGCGCUGCACUGGGAGAGCGAGGAGGCCGUCGAGCGGUACAAGGCGGCCGACGAGGUCGGCGACAUCAUCAAGCUCGUCGCCAAGGCCAACUCGCUCCUCGACAACCUCGCCAUGCUCCGGUUCCGCGACACGUUCGCGGACGGCAAGCCCCUCAUGACGAUGAACGUCGGGCCCGAGGGCCGCCUGUCGCGCAUCCUGUCGCCCGUCUUUGGGCCCGUGUCGCACCCGGCCAUCGAGGCGUCGGCGCCCGGCCAGCUGUCGUUCGCCCAGAUCCAGACCGGCCUGCACCUCGUCGGCCACCUCCCGGCGCGCAAAUUCUUCCUGUGCGGCUCGCCCGUCAGCCACUCGAAGAGCCCGCUCAUUCACAACACGGCGUUCGGCAUCCUCGGCCUCCCGCACCGCUACACCUACAUCGAGUCGGACCACGUCAACGACGAGAUUGAGCGCGCCAUCCGGGCCGACGACUUUGGCGGCGCGUCCGUCACGAUCCCGCUCAAGCUCGACAUCAUGCCGCUCCUCGACGAGGUGUCGGAGCACGCCCGCCUCAUCGGCGCUGUCAACACGAUCAUCCCGGUCGAGGAGAACGGCGCUCGGCGGCUCGUCGGCGACAACACAGACUGGCUCGGCCUCCUCGAGCUCGUCGAGACCAACGUCACGUCCGACAACGACCGCACCGACGCGUCGACCUCGCUCGUCCUCGGCGCCGGCGGCACGUGCCGCGCCGCCGUGUAUGCGCUCCACAAGGCCGGGUACAAGACGAUCUACCUCUUCAACCGCACGCGCGACAACGCCGACAAAAUUGUCGCCUCGUUCCCGAGCGAGUACAACAUCGUCCCCUUGACCUCGCUUGACUCGUUCCCGGGCGAGCACCCGCUCGCCGUCAUCUCGACCAUCCCGGCCCAGGGCACGGCGACGCGGUACGCGCCCAACGCCGACGCCGGCGUCACGGUCCCGGACUCGGUCCUCGCUCGCGAGGGCGGCGGCGUCCUCAUCGACGUCGCGUACAAGCCUCGCGUCACGCCCUUGAUCGACCUCGCCGACCGCACCCCGGGCUGGACCGGCGUGCCCGGCAUCAUGAUGCUCCUCGAGCAGGGCUUCUGGCAGUCGUCCAUGUGGACCGGCCGGCGGCCGCCCAAGGAGGUCAUCCGCAAGGUCGUCCUCACCGAGUACGAGCGCGACCAGUGAGCGGGUCUGGAGCGCAGGAGGAGCAGGAGAAAAGCCCCGCGAGGUCGCUCGCAGCAAUAGCGACAGGGUCAACUCA